AUGCCUCAACGCCAGAAGAGACAGGUUACAGUGGCCCGGAGGGACCAGGGGGCUAAGAAGAAGAUGACCCUGAUCACUGUGUGUUGUGUACUGGUCACACUUGGGAUAUUGGCAGUGGGUGCUUACUUCAUCUGGUGUCUUGUCGACAGCAAGUUCUUCUUCUGCUCCCAGUCAUUGAAGUUCAUCCCUGUGGCGAUGGUGUGUGAUGGGAAAGCAGACUGUGCUGGUGGAAAGGACGAGCUCACAUGUGUGUCCAGCAAGCCGGCCAACGCCACCUUCCCAGUGCGGUUGGUGGGUGAGAGCAUGGUGCUACAGGUGUUCAGGGUGGAGGCUGGGUGGAGCACUGUGUGUGCAGACGACUGGGGAUUGAGCGACACCCGCAGUGCCUGUCAGCAUCUGGGAUACACACUACAAACCUGCAUCUCAGGCUCUGUGAUAGCUCUAUCCUGCUCAGACUGUGGGGAUGCGGUGGGGCAAGACCGGGUGGUGGGAGGUUCUGACACCACCAUAGAGGAGUGGCCGUGGCAGGCCAGCCUGCAGAAAGACAAGCAGCACGUCUGUGGAGGCUCCCUGGUCUCCCUCACCUGGCUUAUCACCGCUGCACACUGCUUCAGUCGUGAUGGGAAGGAUCUGAACCUCUGGCAAGUGGUGCUGGGUAGGACCCACCUGAUGUCUACUGGUGGGAUUUCUGUAGCAGCCAUCAUAAUCAAUAAAGAUUACAAUGGUUUCACUCACGACUAUGACAUCGCCAUGCUGAAGCUCACCAGGCCUGUCACUACCGGAGACACCCUCCGCCCAGUGUGCCUGCCACCCCACAGCCUGCCUCUGAAGGCAGGGGACCCCUUGGUGGUGACUGGCUGGGGCUUCCAGCAGGAGAAAGGUAAAAUCUCCUCAAUUCUGCAGAGUGCCACUGUGUCUCUGAUUGACAGGAAGGUGUGCUCCCGCCCCUCCAUCUACGGCCCCUCACUCACUCCCAGAAUGCUGUGCGCAGGGAACAUGGAGGGCAAAGUGGAUGCGUGCCAGGGUGACAGUGGGGGUCCACUGGUGUUCCUAUCCAAGUGUUGGCAGCUGGUGGGGGUGGUGAGCUGGGGGGUGGGCUGUGCCCGCCCGGGGAACCCUGGGGUCUACUGCAGCGUAGAGCAGCAACUCAACUGGAUCUACUCCAUCAUGGAGAUGUACUCCUAA